ACUUGUUCCAGAUUAAAGGUGGAUAGUAUGGGAAGCACUUUGCCGCUUGGACUAAACCACUAACAACCAAACAGGGAGAGUCUGAGAUUUCACACGGUGACUACAGCAACUCAGCCUGUGAUUAUGGUUCAGACCCGGAGGAGCAGAAGUUUUUUGGGUGAUGGCCUCUGAUAGACGUCAUUCUUCAUAAUCUGCCCUUCACACAGGAAAGACCAGAAAUCCCUUUGGCCUCCUCAGCCUCUCAACACAAAUCAAACGUGUCAUUUGAGGAUCGUGUUCAGCAUCUUUUCUGGAACGUGGAAUUUUCUGAACAUUGGAUUGGACUAUAGCUUUUGGGAUUAGUCUGACAGUUUGACAGCGUUGGAUAGCAUCCAUUCAUUGAAUUGUGGUCUGCCCCAGGCCCAUAAUGCCCGCAGCUUUCCACCACCACUGAACUUCAGUUUGAGGACCCUCCCAGGCUGCAUUUGCUCCUUCACCCCAGGUUUACAACCAGUGACUUUACAAAAUAUUUUUGACAAUGAGACACGACGUUUCUUGAACUCCAUCUCUGGUCACUGUUUUUAUCUUUUGACUGGAUCACAGGCACUGAGAGACUGACUCUUGGUGGUGUGAGGUCAAUCUGCUAACAGUGUGAAGCCCUGCCACUUUACACCUGUCCAUCAUCCAUCAGCAGUCAUGGAGUCUGUGGCAGCCAGAAUGGCCAUGGUCACUGACUCGCCCAACCCGUCUCUGAGGUCGAGGACUACCGUGACGACGGACGGCGACUCUUUUGUGAGUACUGCCAGCCUUCCCUGCAGCCACUUCCUGUCUGCCAACAUCAUCAGUGUCGUGGAGAAAUGUAUGAGCUCCAUGCAGAUGGGAACCCAGAUGGUGAAGCUCCGUGGCGGCUCCAAGGGACUGGUGCGGUUCUUCUAUCUGGAUGAACACAAGUCCUGCAUCCGCUGGAGGCCCUCGCGCAAGAAUGAAAAGGCCAAGAUUUCCAUUGACUCUAUCCGAGAGGUGUGUGAGGGGAAGCAGUCAGAAAUCUUCCAGCGCUACGCGGAGGGCAGCUUCGACCCGAACUGCUGCUUCAGCCUGUACUACGGAGAGCACGUGGAGUCCCUGGACCUGGUGUCCGGCACUGGAGAGGAGGCGCGAACCUGGAUCACAGGCCUCAAAUAUCUGAUGGCCGGCAUCAGUGAUGAGGACAGCCUGGCCAAGAGACAGCGCACCCGCGACCAAUGGCUGAAGCAGACCUUCGCUGAGGCUGAUAAGAAUGGUGAUGGCAGCUUAAGCAUCAGCGAGGUGCUGCAGCUCCUGCACAAACUCAACGUCAACCUGCCCCGACAGAAGGUCAAACAGAUGUUUAAGGAGGCGGACACAGAUGACAACCAGGGGACGCUGGGCUUUGAGGAGUUCUGCUCCUUCUACAAGAUGAUGUCGACCCGCAGGGACCUGUAUCUCCUCAUGCUCACCUACAGCAAUCACAAAGACCACCUCGACACGGACGACCUGGCCCGCUUCAUGGAGACGGAGCAAAAGAUGACCAAGGUGACCAAGGACCACUGUCUGGAGAUUAUCAACAAGUUUGAGCCGUGUUCUGAGAACCAGAAGGAAGGAGUUGUGGGGAUUGAUGGUUUUACGAAUUACAUGCGCAGCCCAGCAGGGGACAUCUUCAACCCAGACCACUACAGUGUGAACCAGGACAUGAACCAGCCGCUGUGCAACUACUUCAUUGCUUCCUCACACAACACGUACCUGAUGGGCGACCAGCUGAUGUCACAGUCCAGGGUGGACAUGUACGCCUGGGUGCUGCAGGCCGGCUGUCGCUGUGUAGAAGUGGACUGUUGGGACGGUCAGGAUGGCGAACCCAUCGUCCACCACGGCUACACCCUCACUUCCAAGAUUCUCUUCAAAGACGUUAUCGAGACCAUCAACAAGUACGCCUUCGUCAAGAACGACUAUCCAGUCAUCCUGUCCAUAGAGAACCACUGCAGUGUUCCUCAGCAGAAGAAGAUGGCUCAGUACCUGAUUGAGAUCCUGGGGGACAAACUGGACCUUUCCAACAUCAAAGCCGAUGAGUCUGGACGUCUCCCGUCGCCAGAAACACUCAAGGGCAAGAUCCUCGUUAAGGGGAAGAAACUUCCUCCCAACAUCGACGAGAACGCAGAGGAGGGGGACGUGUCGGACGAGGACAGCGCCGAUGAGAUGGAGGACGACUGCAAGCUGAUGAACGGAGAUACGUCAGCCAACAGAAAGCAGGUGGAGAACAUGGCCAAAAAAAAGCUGGACAACCUGAUGAAGGAGUCCAAGAUCCGAGACCGAGAGGAUCCAGACAGCUUCACCAUUGCAGCCCUCCCCCCUGCUGGGAAGCCCACAGGCAAAACUGGCUCCAAGAGUAAAAGUGAGGACGGGACGGACACAGCAGAUGAGGCUAAUCCCAGCAGCAACAAGCACACAGGCCGCUCCUUCAUGGGGAACUUCUCUAAACGCAAGAAAAAGUCGACCAAGCUGAAGAAGUCGUCGAGCUUUGAGGACACAGAUACAGAUCAAGAGAGCACAAGUAGCACCUCCCGUGCCCCCCUGCACCACAGCAAAAAGAAGAAGACCAUGAAGUUAUCCAGAGCUCUGUCUGAUCUGGUCAAAUACACGCGAUCUGUGGGUCUCUAUGACAUCGAGGCACAAGCCAACUGUGGCUGGCAGGUGUCGUCGCUCAGUGAGACCAAAGCCCAUCAGGUGAUGCAGCAGAAAGCUACGUCCUUCAUCCAGUUCAACCAGCGACAGCUCUCCCGCAUCUACCCUUCCUCUUACCGUGUGGACUCCUCCAACUUCAAUCCCCAGCCCUUUUGGAAUGCUGGCUGCCAGCUUGUCGCACUCAACUACCAGUCAGAGGGCCGGGUCCUGCAGCUCAACAGAGCCAAGUUCUACAGUAACGGCAACUGUGGCUACAUGCUGAAACCUACCUGCAUGUGUGAAGGUGCCUUUAACCCCAACCUGGAGGACCCGCUGCCAGGUCAGAUGAAGAAACAGCUGGUGCUGAAGAUCAUCAGUGGACAACAGCUGCCCAAACCCAAAGACUCAAUGUUAGGGGACCGGGGAGAGAUCAUUGAUCCCUUCGUGGAGGUGGAGAUCAUUGGCCUCCCAGUGGACUGCUGCAAGGAGCAGACCAGAGUGGUGGAUGAUAAUGGUUUCAACCCAAUGUGGGAGGAGACUCUGGUGUUUACGGUCCACAUGCCGGAGCUGGCCCUGGUGCGUUUCCUCGUGUGGGAUCAUGACCCCAUUGGCCAAGACUUCAUCGGCCAGCGCACCAUUGCCUUCAACAGCAUGAUGCCAGGUUAUCGCCACGUGUACUUGGAAGGUAUGGAGGAGGCUUCCAUCUUUGUUCAUGUAGCUGUGAAUGACAUCACUGGUAAGGCCAGAGCAGCCAGCGGCAUAAAAGGGCUGUUUCACAGAAACCCAAAGCAGGCUUCCCUGGACAGCCAUGCUGCUGCACAGCACAGCCGUAAGCACCCAUUCGGUGCCCACCUCCUGCGCCGCACCGCUAGUGCACCCACCAAAAGCCAGCCCAAAAUCAAAAAGGGCUUCCCAGAGAUCACCAUCGACACCAAAGACUACAGCUCAGAGGGUGCUAGUGAGGACCGAGAGUCUGAGGACAGGGACAAGGCCUCUGCUGCCACCUCUCACCAGCCCACACCACCACAACACCGCACCAGGGAUUCACUGGCGGCAUCCCACCAAGCCAAGGGGCCCUGGGAGCGUCCUGACACCAAUGGGGCUUUUCACCCUGAGGAGGGUAAAGACUGUUUCACAGUGCAGAGACCAGCUCCCCCUCUUCCAUUUACUGUGCUGAACUCUGAAGACGCCAGGAACACAAGUUUCACCUGCUCUGUCCCCGCUCCAGAAGAGAGACUGUUCUCACAUCACUCCUUCUCUACACCACUGCACUCGCCAUCCACAGCAAUAAAUGCAGACUCCCCAUUGACUUAUCCUCCGAAUGGAGGUGUGGACAGUCCCAUCAAGAUGAGCGGAGAUCCUAAGAAACCUCCUACCCAUUCCAAAACCACUUCACUCCGUCUGACGAACCCUGCUGAGAAAACUGUCCCGUCACAGUGCAGCCAAAACACCCAGACCAACAGAAGCACUCAUUCAUUCAUGGAAAACACACCAAACCAGACGGAAAACCAAGAAACUCUGACAGAAAAGAAAACUGAUCCGGCAGAGUCUGACCACCGCGCAGAGCCUCCCCCUGCAGCAGGGGCUACUGGAACCCCUGCAGCCCCUGCAGCUCAGACAGCCCAGGCCAGGAGGGCACUUUUUAGCAACCUGGCAUCACACACACCAGUGAGAAGAACAAAAAGUGAGGGCCAUGUCCGGGUGGCUGUAGCCUCAGCUGGACAGGCCCAGUCAGCCGUACCAGAGGUCUGCACUGAUGCUACCAUGAACGACCGCCUUUGGAGCAAGCUGGAGCCAAGCAGCCACCGAGACAGCAUGUCCUCCUCCUCUAGCAUCUCUUCCAGUGACACCGUCAUCGACCUGUCCCUACCUAACCUGGCCAGGAAGAGCCUCACCAGUCUGCCCUCGGCCAGCAGCACCUGCAACCCUCCCUGGGUCAACUGCCGUCACUCAGCGUUAGUCUCCUACGACACCCUGCGUGUCAGCAAGAGCAAGUCCAACCCCAACCUUCAGCAAAGUGAAAUCCCCGAAGAUGAGCUCAAGCCCCGACCUCUGCAGCCCCCCCAUGUAGCUUCUGUGGACUCACCCAGUAGACUGACUCAAAGGAGGCACACCUGGAGCCGACUCUACAUGGAAGGGCUUAAGCAGUCAGCAUCCAGCAGGCCGCCCCCCCCAGCUAAAACCCCAACAGCUACAGCUUCUAUGUCCAAAAGCCUUGGGGAUUUGACCUCUGAUGACAUUUCCUGUAACUUUGACAGCAAGUACCGCAGCAUCAGCCGGAGCUUCAUUGUUAGGCCGACCAGGGACCAGCUGCGCAGGGGCAGCCCACAGAAGUCUCAGCCGCCCAGCAACCUGACAGAGCAACUCCGGAAGUUGACUGAUGUGGAGCCCCUGACUGCGAGCGACUUUGCCCCAGAAAACAGGCCUGGACAGUCACAGGAAGAGUCUGUGGAUGAGACCCUGAUGCGAAGAACCUCCUCAAGGAGCCAGAGCAGGGUGAGGUACAUUGCAAACAGGGCCAAGAAGGCCCAGGAAAGGCAGAGGCUCCAGGGUCUGGUCCAGGGCAGGAGUGCAAGCUUUAGCCUUGGUGGUAGCAUUGGCAGGGGAAGUAGCGCUAGCCCCAUUGAAGAGCGAGGAAACCCCGAAGGGGCGUGUUGCGUGGCACGCAGUCCCUGCACCAGCCUGGACCUGCUGAGUCAGCUCACCCCCCUAGGAUCCUCCUCUCCCAGACAGUCCCAGUCCUCUCCAGACCCUGAAAACAGUGAAGUCUUUUUCAUGCUCAAACUCUAAGAACUGGCUGACUUGGAACUGAGCGUGAGAGACACAGCUAGAAACUUGUUUGGAAUAAAGUCCAGUUUUAUCUCAAGUAGAAAUCUCUUCUCUUUUUUUUUUUUUUAGAAAAAGUUGCAUAUCUUGCAGAAUUUCUCACAGGCAACUGGUUCAUAAUGCAGAUUAUUUCAACAGUUGUCUCACAGAAAACUGUCCCACGAACAAUCACUUCUUCAUCUUGAGUUUGUGCGAGAUCCGUUUUAUAACCUGUGCGUUCAGAACACAUUGUCUCCAAGCUUCUUUUAAAAGCAACCACUGCAGCACUGUCAUCUGUUUGCACCAAAUGUUAGAUAAUUGCCAGAAUGUAUUUAGUGAAAAAUAACCAGGAGUUUUUAUAUGGCUGUUUAUGUUGAAUGUGAUCUACUCUCAUGUUUGAGGAUUUUUCUGAAACUUUACAUGAGCAGACAGUAGCAAUAGAUCACAACUAGAGGCGAUUUUAAACAAUCCAUUCUUUUUAUUUACUUGAACUGUAAUGAUGUACUUUAACUAAAAUGAAUACUUAAUGUCAAUGCGUUAUUAUCAGCCCAUCCAUCCACUCGCAAUAUUUUGAAAAUGCUGUCAUGGUAUCAUAUUGAAGGUGAUGUACAGUUUGAGGCUUGUCUCUUGUGUCUUUGAAAAAAAAAAUGGAAAUGCAGGACAAAAGCUCUUCAUUUUUUAGUAUUCUUUGUGAAGUGGUUACAUCGUAAUUUGACCAAGCUGCCAAUAUGUUGCGAACCUCCCCGACCUUUGGCAUGUCACAGCACUGAGAUCCUGUACUUUAAAGCAGUGGUAGCCUCCUCCGUACCAAGUUUAGCCCUUUUUUUUUUUUAGUUGACUGCAUGUCUUUUAUGCACUGUAAUGUUUAUUCUAAGCCUGUGCUUUAUUUUACAAAGACUUUUUUAUGAAGAUUUGUUAAUAUCCUAAACUCCUUUUUUGGAUUGUCUGAUGGUGGUCACAAGAGCAUCAUGUCUGAAACCCUGUGUUCACAUCAGUCCGUAGUACUAAAACAAGAUGGAAAUGAUCUGUAUGGAAGCACGUUUAUUUGUCGACCUGCUGUAUUGUUUGCACUGCCAUGCCAGUUCUUUGUGCAAAGUUUUAGGGAUGAUAUUUAAUUCAAGCAAUGUGUAAUAAUGACCUAAAUAAAUCUCAACUGAAUAUGA